UUGAGCCCAAGAAUUAAAAUUCUUAGCCCAACCUAUUUCUUCCUUCCCUUCGUUUUUAUUUCUGGCCACCCAAACCUCUAUUUUCUUUUAUUCUUCUUUUGUGAAUCGAUCCACAUAUCUCAAAGCCUCAAACACCAAAAUCUAACCCUAAAAUCCGUAUAUCUUUCUUCCUUCGUUCACGCCAAUCGUCUUCAGGAGUAGGCUUCCCAACCCCAUACACUGAACCCUGACUCGUACCCUUGAGGUAUGUUAACGAUGAAGACAUACAACAUAAGCUUGUAAGCUUCCAUUGUUGAGAAUGAAUGGCUGCGUUCACACGAGAUAUUUAUUAUUUAAGCCACUUGUAAAUUACUCUGCUGUUUCCCCAUCAUUGGGCAGAAUUUACCUUCAAAACAGUGCCACCUCUCUCUCUCUCUCUCUCUCUCUCUCUCUCUCUCAUCGCCGGAACCCCAACUGAGCCAUGUCCGACUACAGCCGCCCCGACAACGGAUCAGGCUGUUGCAGGUGUUGUUUCAGCUUCAUACUAACCUUAGGUCUCACUUCACUCUUCCUGUGGCUAAGCUUACGCACUUCAAAUCCAGUUUGCUCCAUCCAAGACGUUUACAUUCCCGCCCUCAAUAAAACCCGAAAUUCAACCUCCGAUCAAUCCAUCUACCUCGAUCUGAAGCUCGACAACGAGAACAAAGACAAAGGGUUUUAUCAAGGACAUCAGAAAAAAACACGCCGGAAAAACUGGACGGACACGCAAGGAGUGCCGUGGGAUGCAGCCGUGAACAUCACUGGUGGUAGACCGCCGGUAUUCAGGGUGGAUUUGGCGACGGCGGUUAGGUUUAAGAUAUUAUUUUGGAAAACAAAGAGACAUCGACUCAUACUUGGGGCUGAUUUUGAAGUUAGUGACAGGGGGCAGAAAGUGCAAAAGAAAGGUACACGGUUAAAAUCCGGUGCACCGGAGUUGUUUUCCGGUAAUUCUUGUAUAGCUUCCUCAUUGGUUGUAUUUUGUACAUUAGUAUUGGUGUUCAUUUGAAUUGAAUGCAAGUCUUUUUGUAUUAUUAUUAUUAUUAUUAUUAUUUUUAUGUAUUGUAUAGCUUCUUCAU